CAGAUGAGGCGGCUCGGCUGGGGCCAGCGGCGCUUCGGAACCCGAGCUGUGGGGACCCUGGCGGUGGGGCCUGGCCCUGCUCUAUGACGGCGCCUCGGCUAGAGUGAGCGGCGGCGGCGACGACGCCUCUUUCGUCCGGCUCUUUCCCUGUCGCUGCGAGUCCGAGCCGCCAGCGGGCGGCGAGGCCGGGAUGGAGGACGUUAACUCCAACGUGAACGCGGACCAGGAGGUGCGCAAGCUGCAGGAGCUGGUGAAGAAGCUGGAGAAGCAGAACGAGCAGCUGAGGAGCCGCUCGGGAGCCGUGCAGGGCUCAGGCUCCCUCGGGCCCGGCAGCCCGGUGCGGGCCGGCGUGUCCACCCCCUCGUCUGGGGCUGCGUCCCCGCGGGGCUUCCCCUUGGGCCUCAGCGCCAAGGCGGGCGGCGGGGCCGCGUCUGGCCCGAGGCGGACGAGUAGCGAGGAGCUGCGGGACGCCACCUCCUUGCUGGCGGCGGGCGAGGGCGGCUUGCUGGACGAGGUGGAGCCGCUGCGCCCCGACGAGCUGGAGCGCCUGUCAGGCUGGGAGGAGGAGGAGGAGAGCUGGCUAUAUUCAUCACCAAAGAAAAAACUUACACCCGUGCAGAAAUCAGUUAGUCCAUUAGUUUGGUGCAGGCAAGUUUUGGAUUACCCAAGUCCUGAUGUUGAAUGUGCUAAAAAGUCUCUUAUCCACAAACUUGAUCAAACUAUGUCAGCUCUCAAGAGGCAGAAUUUGUAUAAUAAUCCUUUCAACUCUAUGAGUUACACAAGUCCUUACAGUCCAAAUGCCAGUAGCCCAUACAGUAGUGGCUUUAAUUCUCCAUCCUCAACCCCAGUGCGACCUCCUAUAGUCAAACAGCUUAUACUUCCUGGAAAUUCAGGUAACUUCAGAAGUUCAUCAGACAGAAACCCUCCACUCAGUCCUCAGUCCUCUAUAGACAGUGAGUUAAGUGCUUCAGAAUUAGAUGAAGAUUCAAUUGGAUCCAAUUAUAAGCUAAAUGAUGUAACCGAUGUACAGAUUCUAGCCCGGAUGCAAGAAGAAAGUCUUCGGCAAGAAUAUGCAGCUACCACGUCUCGGCGCAGUUCUGGUUCAUCUUGCAAUUCUACAAGACGGGGUACAUUUAGUGACCAGGAACUUGAUGCACAAAGUUUAGAUGAUGAUGAUGACACUAUGCAUCAUGCAGUAUACCCUGCUGUUAACAGGUUUUCACCAUCACCACGCAAUUCACCUCGACCAUCACCUAAGCAGUCACCUAGAAAUUCACCUCGUUCACGAUCUCCAGCUCGGGGAAUAGAAUAUAGUAGAGUGUCCCCACAGCCCAUGAUUAGCCGCUUACAGCAACCUCGCCUUUCACUUCAAGGUCAUCCCACAGAUUUACAGACAACCAAUGUUAAAAAUGAAGAAAAACUAAGACGCAGUCUUCCAAACCUGUCUCGAACAUCUAAUACCCAAGUUGACUCAGUGAAAAGCAGCAGAAGUGAUUCAAAUUUUCAAGUGCCAAAUGGAGGAAUACCUCGUAUGCAAUCUCAGGCUUCAGCCACUUCGCAAAGGCUGAAAAAUUUGCCUCGUACUUCCCUCAAAGCCAAACAGUUCCUUCAAACUCCAUCUACAAAAAGAGUACCUUCUCCAGGCAAAUUCCGCACCCCAGCAGCACCAUCUCCUUUGGCUCUUCGGCAACCAAUGAAAGCAUUUAGUAAUCAUGGCUCUGGUUCUCCUGGCAGCCAAGAAACAACACAGUUCACACAAACCACCUCCUCUCCUGGGCCUCCCAUGGUUCAGAACACAGUCCCAACAAAUCCUCCCAGCAAUAUCAACAGCACUACUCUAACCAGACCUGCAGGGACAACUGCAAUGAGAAGUGGCUUGCCCAGACCUAGUGCCCCUUCUCCUGGGGGCAUCCCAGUGCCUCGCAGCAAACUUGCACAGCCGGUUCGCAGAUCCUUGCCAGCUCCUAAAACCUAUGGCAGCAUGAAAGAUGACAGUUGGAAAGACGGCUGUUAUUGACCAGCAAAGACAAGAAUGCAGAGGUCCACGUCUUCAUGGAUAUCCCUUCACCAAGCUAAAAACAACUUUUAUAUAUGCAGACUGUUCAGAUGAGACUCUUGGGAUUUAUAAAAUCCCAACCCUCUGUGUCUUAAUUAGCACAAACCGACAGAGAUAAUCAAGCAGCACUUUAAUGACAUUUAACAUCAGAUAUGUUUGGUAAUCAUACAAUCACUCUCCAUGGAAUCACUUUUAGUUUUUGUUUAAUAGAAACUCAUUUGAUUUUUAGAUAUUUGACAGAGGCCAAUAUCUGGGCAAAUACCUAAUGGAUGCCAAAGAAAAAUGCCCACUUGUAAAUGAGAGAGUACCUUUGUACACAAGGAAAUGGUGGAUCCAGGCUACCCAAAACUUCACGUUCAACCUAAUUUACUGUAUAAAUAGUAUCAAUAAAUACUGUGUUAAUGAGAACUAAUAUUCUGACUAAUUAUCUAAAAGUGUUUCACUAGUGUUCCAGGAAACUAUCGAUUAAAUUUGGGACAAUGGGAGGAAAAAGCCUGGGCUAGAGAUUUAGAACACGAUACCUACAUUUAGGAGAAUUCUAUAAAUUACUUUUACAGAUUCAUUGGGAAAAUUAGCAUUUUAUUUAAUCUUCCGUUAUGGACACAGCUCACACAUCACCACCACCAGAUAGUGUUACAGUGUGCAUCCAUCAUGUUGCAUUGACACAUCGGACUUCUUUGUGUUUGUUUUGAUUGCCAAAAGGGCUUGAUAUCAGUAGUACAAUCUUUCUCAACUUUAUAGUUCCUGGCUCAGGAAAGAUGGCCUUUGCUGUUAAAGCCAACUUCUUCACAUACUGUUACCUGUCACAGAAUUGAGAGAUCUAUUUUCUAUUAGCAGGUUUCCAGGAUAGGAUACAACAGGUAGUGUCUUUACUCUUGUUACAACACCACCUCAGUGCUUACAACUGGGAACAAAACCAUGCAGUGAGAGAGAGGGGAGGCAAAAAUCUAUGCACUUAACCUACAAAAAUCUCUGGUGAUGACAGUUGUAUUGUCGCUACUAAGUGGCAUAAUGUCUAUUAUAUGGUAGAAACAUCUAGCCUGCCAAAUCCCACUUAAGUUGAUCCACUUUAAACUGAGUAUAUGAAAUCUUCUGAAAAUACUAUGCCUUUUGACUUAGAUUCUGCUUUACAUCAAUUUUUAUGUUUUUGGUAACC